ACAUUGCAAAUAAUGUGUACAAACCUUGCGUUACCUUUAUGUCAAAAAAUUUCAUUUAUCAUUAACAUCACGCAUCUGAUAUAAAUUUAUCUUUUUCAAAAUAAGGCAAAAGAGUAAUCGCUUAAUUCUUCUCGUCACGUGGCCCACCAUCUUCGAUGUUUACGGCACGAAAGACGGAACGUUCUCUCCGCUAAAUUCGUGACAACGAGUUUCGCGUGAUGCAAAUUAUUACGUCGCCAUUGGCGAUGAUGUUGGCGGGAGUCGCUUCUCUUCUUCUCUUUCCACCACGUGAAAAUUCUCGUCUUGAGGUGAACCUGACUGACAUGCGGGCCGUGUAGCGAUAGAGAGAAGGAAUGGCGCCGAGCGACGAUCUCGGAGGGGUAUUCGCUUCACUGUAUUUCUGCGAGCCUGCUUACACACUCGCGCAUACAUAUAUAAACGUAUACUGUCGGAGAGACACAUGUGUGAAUAUAUGUCCCUCAAUACAUACACAAACAGACACACGUCCCACGUGUUCGCCAUUCUAUUGGUGAAGAAGCUAGCCACUGACCGUCUGGUGUAGUACACGGGGCAUUCCAGUAGUGUAUAUAAGGGCAGAUCUUUCGUACGAUCAUGCAUUAUAACCGGAGGGACAUCUGUGUGACACGAUGUUGUAACGCGCGAUAAUAUUAAUCUUAGUGCAUCCAUUCGAUUUGUUUGUGAUUGAAAAAUCGUCGUUUAUUUUCUUAAGCUUUUGUGACGCUUCUCUGUCUCUCUUUCUCUCUUUAAUGGACUUUGAGUUAGAUCAUCUUUCGCUUCCUCUGAGGUGUGUUGACACCUAAGAUUUCAUGUUUCACGCAGAAUACUAAUGAGCGUGAUUGCACUAGGAUCAGGUCUCUCGACUCGAUCUCAACCGUUCGCGGCAAGUUCUUACUGCAAAAGUUAAAAGUUCGGGAUUGAUCUCCUCAAUAUAAUCCUAAUCUUUUCUAAAGAGAUCUCGGGAAGAACGAGUGUUUAGAGUUUUCUUAAGAUCUGGCGCGAAGACUUAAAAAAUUUUACAUCGUCCUCUUACGGUGAACAAUUGAAGCCAAAAUAUUAUAUCAAGAAAGCAUUGUUAGAAGACAAUCGAGUGUACUGAUCAUCACCAGGCAACAUGACUACUGCGAUCCUUUUGGAAGGAGGAUCUUGGAUGACUAUCUUUUUCUCCUUCUGCCUCCUGUUGCUCCUGUUGAAUCUACUGAUAGAACGAGGAAAAUUUCUUUACGCCUUGAGGAAGGUACCCUAUCCCACUGCGCUGCCUAUUAUCGGUAACGCUUAUCAGCUCUUCUGUUCGCAAGAAGAGUUCUUUCAGAAAUUGAAAAAAUGGGCUCACGAGUUUGGCGACAUUUAUUUAAUUUGGGUUGGCCUGCGGCCCUUUAUCUUCCUCUACAGAGUGGAGACGGUGCAACCCUUACUCAGUAGCAGCGUGCACAUCGACAAAAGUCUCGAAUAUGAAUAUUUAAAGCCAUGGCUUGGUACCGGCCUAGUGACCAGCACUGGUGAUAAAUGGCACUUUCGCAGGAAAUUGUUGACGCCGAGCUUCCACAGCGGUCUUCUCGAAACAUAUUUUAAAAUUACGAAAGAAGAGAUAAAUGUUUUAAUUUCCUGUCUCGAGAAAGAAGUGAACAAAUGGUUCGAUGUGGUACCUUACGCAAAACGUGCUGCCCUCGAUAUUAUAUGCGAAUCUGCAAUGGGUUAUAAAAUUAAUGCUCAAAGAAAUUCCAAAAACGAAUAUGUCGAGGCUGUGGACAAAAUGGCAUCUAUUGUACAGACGCGUUUCACGAACGUGUGGAUAUCGUCUGAUUUGAUCUUCAAGUUGACCAAAAUGGGAAAGGAGCACGAUCACGCGCUCUCUAUUAUGCACAGUUUUGUUGACGAGGUAAUCGUGAAAAGAAAAGCCGAAUGGAAAUUGAAACACGAUGGAAAUUUCAAUGAACCAAUGAAUAAGAAACAGGCUCUACUGGAUUUGCUACUCGAAAUGUCACAAAACGGAACCAUUCUUUCAGAUGAAGAUAUUCGUGAAGAGGUGCAUACUUUUAUGUACGCCGGACACGACACGUUGGCCACCAGCAUAGCUUGGACGCUUUACGCAUUGGGUCGAAAUCCUGAGUAUCAGGAAAAGAUCAUAGACGAAUUUAACGAUGUCCUGGGCACGACGGAGAUUACAUUAAACAAUAUUCACAAAUUAACAUGGCUGGAUGCCUGCAUUAAGGAGCAAUGGAGGCUAUAUCCAGUCGUUCCGCUCAUAGCGAGGCAGAUCUAUGAGCCGAUCGACCUAAUGGGCAUCGAAAUCUCACCAGGCUCGACGGUUCUCGUCAACUCCUAUCUGCUACAUCGUGACGAUCGUUACUUUCCCGAUCCUGAUGUUUAUCGUCCGGAGCGUUUCUUGCCGGACAGUCCCAAAUUACCACCUUACGUUUUCAUCCCUUUCAGCGCCGGCUCACGAAAUUGCAUCGGCUGGAGAUUUGCCACGGUAGUCAUUAAAAUGGCUGUCUUAUCUAUACUAAGAACUUUUCACGUGGAAGCCUUCGACACGGAAGAUCAACUGCGCCUCAUAUCCGAAUUAGUACUUGUCAACGCAAACGGACUUCAUCUCAAAAUGACACCUCGCAAGCGAUGA